AAGGUUAUUCAACCAUGUGGGCAUCGCGAGCAACGAGGAUCCUUUUCACGAGGAAUGCACUUGGCGGCAGGGCGACAGUGUGUGUGACACCUUUUCGAGCAAAGAUACCGAUUUGCUUAACAAUCAGGAAUAUUUCAGGAACAAGCUCCCUGCAAAAUAGCAGUGAUCGCCUUCUCUUUUCGAAGACACCAGAGUUCUCGUCGGAAUCAGUGUUAGGCACAACAGACCUUACAGGAGUCCCAGCACUGCUUCAGGAGCCCACACACGUUAACUCGCUACUCUCCAGCACGCACUACGUUCUCGAGAGCAUACAUGCGAUCGGUCUUCCGUGGUGGGCCACCAUCUUUUGUGCCACUUUUCUUCUCAGGACUGCCAUUACUACUCCUGUGGCGAUCUAUCAACAAAGGGCGGUAGGGCGGAUGAUAGCUUUGACACCUGUUCUCCAGGCAUGGCUGGAGACAUACAAGACGAGUAUAGGAGUUGACCAUAAGCUCAAGGGUCGCGACUAUGGAUCAUAUAAUUCAGAAAUCCAGAAUGCGUAUCGAGCAAAGGUCAAGGAGCUGUACUCGACCAAUCGAUGCAAUCCGCGCGUUAGCUUUUUGUUGCCUUGGGUUCAAAUCCCGUUGUUCAUUACUAUGUCGCUCACUAUUCGAGGCAUGGCUGGAUACCCACUACCGUUCUUGGGCGACUCUAGUCUCCCUGCCGAACCAGGAUUUACACAAGGCGGUACUCUGUGGUUCAUGGAUCUAGCGGCUUCAGAUCCAACAUGGAUUAUGCCUAUCGCAAUUGGAGCUACGAAUCUACUCAAUGUUGAGCUGAAUGGCCUUAUGAUGAACAAGACCCCGACAAGAAAUCAAAUCAUCUUUCGCAAUGUGUUCCGCGCUUUGGCCAUAACCAUGAUCCCAAUUGCACAUGAGGCGCCCAUGGCCAUUUGCUUAUAUUGGCUGUCAUCAGGAUCGUACAGUGUGAUACAAAAUCUCGCCUUUCGCAUGUCGACUGUCCGCCAAAAGCUCAAGCUGCCGCCAUUGCCAUCAAAGGCAGUCGAGUAGAUAACCAGGAAGCUGCCGAUUUUUUU